AUGCCGACACAGUCUCGUUCAGAUCCAUCGUUGCCAACAAUUCGUCAUAAUAUGAACGAGCCCAAUUACUUCAAUGUUCCUCAUGGAACGACUGCGUCUCCUUCCUAUGCCGUCGCGGCGUUCACGACAUCCAAACCAAAAUAUGAAAACCUAAUGAAACACCAGCCGAGCCUUCCUUCGAUGCCGGAGAAUAUGUUCUCAUCUCCCCUAACUUCGAAUGUUGCUACGCCUCGGCCAACCUAUCGACAAUCUUUAUCAUCCUCUAGUUUCGGCGUGGACCCCCCACGGCCUCCUCGUGACGGGUUCGACUUCUUCAAGUGGAGGAGCCGCUCGACAAAGUCCGCCAGUGAACCAGACGUUCGAGACCUUUCAUUCGCAUCUCCUUUAACAUCUCUUUCAGCACCACUCACCUUCCAGGGGUUCGAACCAACACAGCCAAGACCACCUUCCAGUCCCUUUGUGUCGGAAUCGGCGCACGUUCUCUCCUUGCAGCAUCCUUCCGUCACGCGCUUCUCAGACCAAUUUCCCGAUUCCAGUGAUAUCUCUCCCAGCUUGAACAAUAACAGCACAGACUCGAUCUCCCCGAUGAACAAUUCUGGCAUAACAGGACAGACGAGUACUCCUCCCUCUUCACCACCGAGUUCCAUGGGCUUUUAUGUCAAAGCAAAGAAAAGUCUCGAAUCAAAGCUGAAAUUGAAGACUCGGAAAGAGGAACCAAUGUGUUCAGCUAUCCCACAACAUGUUCAUCAAUGUGCGACAAUGGAUGGCACGGGGAAUUAUUCCAGCACGCUCCAAAUCACUAAGACAGGUUCUUGGUUCAAAGACGACACGGUGAAACCCAAGCUUCGAAGAAGACUCUUUGGCAGGGCACCAUGGGCUCGCAAGGAAUCAGCAGAUUCUUUCAGCAGCGUAACCAGCUCAGUGGGGGAGAUACUCAAAGGUGAGACUCCUCCUCCUUCAGCAGUCUCAAGCUAUACUUCUUUGCAUGUCAACUGUGUUAAUGGCCAGUUUCCGGGAGGGGAAGCAAGAAGAAUAAAGACACCGCCACUAGCCGAAGACACUGCGAGCGGUCGGCCACGUUCAUUCUUCACAGAGACAGUUCCUCCCACAGAAGACGAUGGAAUGGGGUCUCCAUCGAGAAGGAACUCGCUCCAAACAGUUCGUCGCCAGAGCAUUGUUGCUGACACUUACGAAUGGUGGGAAAAGAUGCCCAAGAAACCCGUUCGCAGGAGUCCCUUUCAAGACAUACCUCCUUUUGAAUUUCAGCUACCGGAACAUCUUCCCAGUAGCCCAAUGUGCCCGACCAACGAGAAACACGUCAGUGGUGGGACUGGCGUUUGUGUCUACCAUGGACGCAGGAAGGGUGCAUCUAAAUUAGCGCCAGUGUGA